UUUUGAUUUUUUCACCCAGUCAGUACUCUGUUGGUUGUCCGGCGCCCCACCUAUAGUGAAUUUUUUUUCCUAAAGGCAGAAGGGUUAUUACUUUGUCAUAAUAUAAUUUUGUCGUGCACUGGCUAUUGCCCAUAAUAAUAUCAUAGUUCACACUGCAUACCAUACACACCGUCGUCUGUCAUUUUCUAGUCAGGUCGUUGUGCGCGACACACGUUGUUUUUUCGGUCUCUCCACAUUAUAGGCAUUAUCCAUUACGGUACGGAAUUGACAUUUUCAGUCAGCAUCAAAAAAACGUCCCGUGGAACAUCUGUUCUCCAUCGCAUCAUUUAAUCGGGUGACCACUGGUCAUAGUCUAGUCGAAUGUGUUACGGGACAUUCAAAGUCCUGUGACGUUUACAUUAACGGUUCAGUUCUCAUCAUGCUAAGUAUUCAAAUCGACGAUUGGAUUCGAGAACCCACUGAAGACGCUAGGUGUUGUAACUGUGGUGGGGCUACAGUAAGGUCUUGGCGCAGCAAAUGCGAUCCUGGCGAAUGACGCCCCCCCUCGACUACGACUCUCAAGUGGCGCAAACGACCCAGGUGAUAAUGGCUGAUCUCGCUGGUAGAUUUGGUCGAUUUCUACGUUCAAGUCGAACCAGCCACAAAAAGAUAAAUCAGGAUGAUCCAGUCCAUACACCCCUAAGGAGGCCAAUAAAAGAAGAGUCUAACAAUUACAAAGACAAUGAACCCUUUAUUGAUUAUGUUGAUAUUAUUGACACCGAAGAACAAUUGGAGUUACAUGGUUACCGGCGACAUGUGGGAUAUACUGUCAUGUCAUGGGUGAUGACAGUGAUGACAUGUGGUACUCUUCGCCUAAUUUUUCACUGGUGGCCGACUCUAAUGCUGUUUACUACUCAUGUGAAAUGUUCAUUAGAAAAAGCCCAAAAGAUUUUAAUCGUGGAAACGUUUAAAAAGAACCAUAAAGCUGAACACGUUGCAGAAAUUGAAAUUGUAACCUCGUCUUCCUUAAUACCAAGUGAAGCGUGCCACGUCAACGGAUGGGACAGACAAGCGUAUUUAGAACUCAAGUCACUCGGCGAAUCAGCAAAACUGUCAGUGCGUACUCCUAGUGGAACGUUUAAAGAUCUAGAUGAGAUAAGACGGUUUGAUUUCAAGAAGUAUCGAUUCAUCUGGGAUGUGGAAGAAAGACAGUUCUACAUGCUGACCGGAAUCGAUCACAAUAUAGACACUCAUGUAUUUCACGAACAAAAAGGAUUGUCGGCUACAGAGCAAUAUCUUCGUCGAGCCGUUUAUGGUUCCAAUGUCAUAGACGUACCAUUGCAAAGUGUUUGGUCUUUGGUGUUCACCGAAGUUCUAAAUCCGUUUUACGUUUUUGAAUUGUUUUCAUUUGUGGUUUGGUAUCUUGAUAAUUACCUCACUUAUGCGACAGCUAUAUUUUUUAUGUCGGUAGUCAGCAUAAUUACUGCUGUUAUUCAAACAAGAAGGAAUCAACGAAAUCUAAGGAGUACUGUGCACUCGAGUGAUGUCGCUAAUGUAAUACGUGACAAUAAUGUGAUAACUGUUCCUACAGAAUUAUUGGUACCAGGAGAUGUUCUGGUCAUACCUAGCCAUGGCUGUGUUAUGCACUGUGAUGCGAUUUUGCUCACUGGUCAUUGUAUCGUAAACGAGAGCAUGCUUACAGGUGAAAGUGUUCCUGUAACGAAAACACCAAUCCCUGGAAAUCCUGAUCUAAAAUAUGAUAUAAAAGAGCAUGCACGGCAUACAUUAUAUUGUGGAACGUCUGUAAUACAAACUCGUUUUUACGGUGAAGGACGUGUAUUUGCAGUAGUCGUACGUACAGGAUUUCAUACGAGCAAAGGUGAUUUGGUCCGUUCAAUUCUGCACCCAUCUCCGGUAGAUUUUGAAUUUGAAAGGGACAGCUACAAAUUCGUCCAAGUAUUGUCGGGAAUUGCUGCUAUCGGGUUUGUGUACACUAUAUUCACAAAAAUAUCUCGAGGCGUUCCAAUAAGAGAUAUUUUCUUGAAUUCGUUUGACCUGAUCACUGUUGUGGUACCUCCAGCUUUACCAGCCGCCAUGACCGUUGGACAGAUGUAUGCUCAGAUGAGACUGAAAAAACAUCAUAUUUAUUGCAUUAGUCCAAGGUCGAUAAAUGUAGCAGGGUCAAUAAAUUGUGUUUGUUUCGAUAAGACUGGUACUCUGACCGAAGACGGGCUUGACAUGUGGGGUGUAGUGCCCACUGUCGAAGCAAAAUUUUUGCCAAACUUUAGAAACGUAACCAAUAUGCCAUCCGAUCAUUUACUCAUGUCAGCCAUGGUGACGUGCCAUUCAAUUACUUCCAUCGAAGGGAAAUUGUCCGGUGAUCCUCUUGAUCUCAAGAUGUUCGAGUCCACUGGAUGGCUACUAGAAGAGCCCGAAACUAGCGAAGAUAAUCAAUUUGAUUUAGUCAUGCCUGUAGUCGUGCGGCCACCGAAUAAAAACACAUUUACUACUAUUGAACAAAUUGGUCAAGAAAUCGGUAUUAUUCGUCAGUUUCCAUUCAGUUCAAGUUUGCAAUGCAUGAGUGUAAUAGCAAAGCAUCUAUCGUCAAAUUCCACCCAUGUGUACAGUAAAGGAGCACCUGAAAAAAUAUUAUCUCUUUGUAAUGCCAUUUCAAUACCAUCAGACUUUGAUCAAGUAUUACAGCGCUUCACUAAAGAAGGCUAUCGUGUGAUCGCUGCCGGUUAUCGGGCUUUAAAGAAUAACUUAAGCUAUGUGAAGACUCAGAGACUAACGCGUGAACAAGCAGAAUGUGAUUUAACAUUUUUAGGAUUAAUUAUAUUAGAAAAUAGAUUGAAACCAGAAAGCGCCAGAGUACUGUCAACAUUGCGGUCAGCCGAUAUUAGAAUGAUAAUGGUCACCGGAGACAACAUGUUGACAGCACUCAGUGUCGCAAGAGAUUGUGGUAUUGUGUUGCCUACAGAAGACGUAAUUACUGUGCACGGAGUUAACACGCCUCCUUAUUUAUACUUUACUGCAGCGGACAUGACAGUAAACCCGGCGAUAAAUCCAAGUACUAUUGCGAAAUUAAGCAGUAUUCCAUCCCCUAAUUCCAAUACCAGUAUGAAUUUCAAUGUAGACAUGUUGGAAGCUGGUUUAUUAAGCCAAGGAAGUACUGCGGUUAAUACACCGAUGGGAAAAAGCUCUCAAAAAUACACGUUUGCAUUGACUGGUAAAACUUGGUCACUGCUUAAGCAAUAUUGCCCUGAACUUUUGCCGAAAAUUAUAACUAGAGCUUCGGUAUUCUCUAGAAUGAGUCCAGACCAGAAACAGCAACUUGUUCAAGAGUUGCAAGGAAUUGGUUAUUAUGUCGCCAUGUGUGGGGACGGCGCCAACGAUUGUGGCGCAUUGAAAGCUGCACACACCGGCAUAUCAUUGAGUGAAGCUGAAUCGUCAGUUGCUAGUCCAUUUACCUCGCGCAAGGCGUCAGUCGAGUGCGUUGUACGAGUGAUUCGUGAAGGCCGUGCUGCCCUGGUUACGUCUUUGGGUAUAUUUAAAUUCAUGGCCGGCUAUUCAUUGGUACAAUUUGUGUCUGUGAUUGUCCUCUAUUCGAUCGACAACAAUCUAACGGACUACCAGUACUUAUAUAUUGAUUUGAUCACUAUAUCGUUAUUUGCAUUUGCUAUAAGUCGAACUCCUGCAUAUGAAGGACCUUUGGUCAAACAGAGGCCCGAGACAUCACUAGUAUCUGCCUUGCCAUUAACUUCGCUGAUCGGACAACUAGUUAUUUCAACAGUGUUUCAAUUGAUAAGUUUUACCGUCAUCCAGUAUAAUGAUUGGUUUGUUCCAUUCAAAUCAAAAGAAGAAUCGUCUUCACUGGAAAGCUAUGAGAAUUACGCAAUUUUUUGUUUGUCCGCCUUACAAUACAUAAUUAUUGCGUUGGUAUUUAAUAAGGGGCCGCCGUACAGACAGGGUCUUGAAGCAAAUUGGUGUUUGACAAUUAUAUCAGUGGUCAUGUUGGUAUUUACUACUUAUUUGUGUAUAUCGCCCGCUGAGAUGAUAAGAUCGGCAUUUGAAUUGAAAAUUCCACCAGACAAUGGAUUUUGUUACGUUUUGUUGAUGUUGGGUUUAUUGAAUUUCUUGUUGUCGGUGAUUCACGAAAAAGUAUUAUGCGACCGUUUGCUCGUCAGAUUUUUAAGUUUGCGUUCCCAUAAAAAUAAAAGUUGGGUAAAAACUUAUGCCGGUCUAGAAUAUGAACUACAGAAAUCACCGGAUUGGCCGCCACUGACUAAUGAUCGCAUUAGUGCUUCGUCGUCUCCGUUUUCAUAUACAUCGCCCGAACAACUUUCCCCGACGGUCAGAUCGGUCACUCACACAAAUGGGUAUACAAUUAACAACGGUAUUAAUUCAGUGCAUCGUCGUUUUCAUUCUGAGAGUGAAGACUCUAAUUAUGCCACUCCAGCCGGUAGUUUGCAACACUUUUGACUAGUGUUCGUUUUACGAACAAUACAAUUCGUACUUAAGAUAGUUACCUUUAAAUGUUUUGUAUUGUUAGUAUUUUAGUUUAUUUUGUAUAGACUUAUAAAUGAUAUAUACUUAUAUAUAUAUAUGUCUUGCAGUUGUCUUGUUUACCAAGAAAAAUCUCUUCUCUUAGUGUUUAGAAGUAAUAUUUUAUCAUUUUUUUUUUAAUUGUCAUGGUUAAGUUUGAAAUGUUAUGGACCGGUAGAAAUGAUAAUGAUAUUUUGACGUAGUCAGUUUUGUUGUGUUCAUGUCUACUAACUUAAUGUUCAUAAAUUAUCAGUAUUUACACUGUUAAAUAAAAUAAACUAGAAAUAUUUUCGUGUAUGUACAUGUUUAUUAAUUUGUCUCGCUGCGUAGUGCUGGACAAUGAGGUAAACAUUUAUUUUAAUUUAAUUUAAUAGAAAUCUAUUAGUUUAGUGCCUUUUAACAAAGUAUGUAAUCAAACAAUUUGUAUUACCGACACAUUUUUUUGGGUUAAAAAUACAUUACAAUAUAUUUGUAUA